AUGGCUCUAAUUUCAAAGAAUAAGGUAUCAUUUGUCAAUGGUACAAUUUUGACACCAGACACAACAGAUCCACGUUUUCCAGUUUGGGAGAGAUGCAAUACUAUGGUCCUUUCGUGGCUGCAUCGUUCAAUUACAAGUUCUAUAUCUCAAUCCAUUUUGUGGAUGGAUAAGGCAUAUGAUGUAUGGAGAGAUCUCAAGGAGAGAUUUUCUCAAUCUGAUAUUUUCAGAAUAUCAGAUAUACAGGAUGACAUUUAUCGUUUACAUCAAGGAGAUAGCUCAAUCUCUGAUUAUUUUACUAGACUCAAGAUUCUUUGGGAUGAAUUGGAAGCACUCCAACCCACUCCUACUUGUAAAUGUGUUCGUCCAUGCUGUUCAAUUGCAGUGGAGGUUAAGAACAGUAAGGAAAGAGACUAUUCAAUUCGUUUUCUCAAGGGACUCAAUGAUCAAUUUUCUCAUGUGAGGUCCCAAAUUAUGCUCAUGGAUCCUCUUCCUUCAGUUAACCGAGUUUUUUCCUUAGUUGCACAACAGGAACGACAGUUGCAGAUUGAAAGUUCUGGUCCAAUUCAUCAUGACAAUUCAAGAAUUUUCUUUAAUUCUGCUGAACAAGUUCCAGAAAGAGGACGUGGACAGACUCGUGGAAGGGGAAGGGGAUUCAAUCCUGCACGUGGAAGAGGAUCUAGACUCUGUACUUAUUGUGGGAAGACUAGCCACACAGUGGAGACAUGUUUCGAGAAGCAUGGCUAUCCUCCUGGGUUUAAGCAAAGGAACCCUAUGCAUAAGAUCAAUGCAGUUGUAAGUGAAGAGUUCAAUCAGGUUGACAACUCAAGGGAAGCUGACACAAAAGAAAAUUUCACUAAAAGUCAGUAUCACACCAUUAUGGAGAUGAUACAACAAACAAUGAAAGUGCAACAUGCUUUGCCUCCAUCCUCUCCUCAUGUCAGCAAUAUGGUUCAUACUAAUGUACUAAAUGUCGAUAGUCAAUCUUCUGAAGCAAGUAAGUCAUCAAAUCAGUGGGUCCUAGACACAGGAGCCACUGAUCAUAUCACUUUUAACUCUGCCAAUUUAUCUUCUAUCAAGUAUAUUGAGCCAAUUGCCAUAUCCUUGCCCAAUGGAACACGGGUCUACUCUAAUAUGUCUUGUACAGUAGAUAUUUCUAAAACACUUACGUUGACAGAUGUUCUGUAUGUAAGAGAAUUUGGCGUCAACUUAAUAUCAGUGCAUAAACUGAUUUCUGAAACUGAUUGUCAUGUGACAUUUCAGCUUCGAGAUUGCCUCAUUUAA